GGUUUCGGUGCUCUUCCUUCCAGUGAGGCUCGCAGAGCUCCCGGGCACGCGGGUGGCGGGGGCGGCGGCAGCGGUUAAAAGGCCCGGCCGGGCGGCGGCGGCCCCAUACCGCUCCCAAAGUUCAGCCGCUGUAGGAUCGUCAGUUUGUCUCUGACCACGGUGACGAUGUGGAAGCUGCUGGUGGUGACGGCGCUGGCAGCGCUACAGCUGGCCGACGGGCAGCACGUGCACAGCUACUACAAGUUCCCCGUGGCGCCCGGCCACGAGAAUGAGUGUCAGGACGACCAGACGGACAAGUUCUACAGCGUGGGCUCCUCCUGGGCGACCACCACCAACGACUGCAAGAAGAGCUCGUGCGUCAGAGAGGGCAACAGCCUCUUCAUCGAUCGCGUCCAGUGUGACCCGGUGGAUCAGAUCAUCGCGCAGCUGAAGGAGCUGUCGCAGACGCAGGAGGGCGGCAACAUCCUGUGCCGCCAGGCCAGCGGCGACCGGCGCAAACCGUUCCCCGGCUGCUGCCCGCGGCCGCUCUGCAAGAAGCGCGUCGGCAGCCGGCUGGUGCGCAUCCCGUCCUCCGAGUACCCCGUGCUGCCCGACCAGGUCACCUACUCCUAAUGGCCGCCGCGGGAGACGUCAUCAGAGGGGUGUGACGUCACGGGGGCGACAGACUGAUCUACUGUCGUGUCGUAAUAAUGAGUUGUGUUAUGGAAUACAAUCGUUGCUGGAAGAGA